GCUCAGUUAUCGUGCGAACUUUUAAAUUGAAAGACUUACGGAAAAAUAAAUAUCAGUAAAAAUGGAUCGCUGGUCGAAUCGCGUUGCUGUUGUUACGGGAGCCAGUUCUGGUAUCGGAGCAGCCUGCUGCAAGGAUCUGGUGGCCAAGGGCCUUGUCGUUGUGGGCUUGGCUCGACGAGAAGAGCGCUUGCACCAGCUGAAGGCAUCCCUGCCAACGGAUCAGCAGGCACGUUUCCAUUAUCGCAAGUGUGACGUCAGCGUGGAGCAGCAGGUGGUCGAUGCAUUUGCCUGGGUGGAUGAGACUCUUGGAGGAGCCGAUGUCUUGGUGAACAAUGCCGGCAUUACCACAAAAUCUCUAAUCACAGAUGCCAAUAAUGCCGCCGACAUGAAAUCAGUUCUGGACACCAAUGUCCUGGGAUUCGUCUGGUGCGCCCGUGAGGCCUUUAGAUCGCAGCAGAAGCGCAAUGUAACCGACGGCCAUGUGGUCGUCAUCAACAGUAUUGCGGGUCACAAAGUUCCCAUUAUGCCCGGUUACAGCUUCAAGAUGUAUGCCCCCUCCAAGUUUGCUGUCACUGCUAUGGUUGAGGUUCUGCGACAGGAGUUCCAGCAAAAGAAGACCCAAACCAAGAUUACAAGCAUAAGCCCCGGAGUUGUUGACACGGAGAUAAUUGAUGAAAAACUCAAGGAGGCCAAUCCAAAUUUCCCCAUGUUGCGUGCCGAGGAUGUGGCCGAUGCUGUUUCUUAUUGCAUCCAAACGCCACCCAAUGUACAGAUCCAUGAGCUGACCAUUAAGCCAAUAGGAGAAAUAUUUUAAAUGAGGCCCUUAUGGAAUUUGAUUUUUCACAAGCAUUUUGCAUCAUCAAUAUGAAAAUGGAAAGGGGAUGGUCAGUACCAAUGAUAUAAAGACACAAAUCUUGGUUGUUGUAAAGCAAACAAAGUAUCUGGUUCGCAGACAAAAAAUAAACAAAUAUUUAAAUUUCCAGUACGGAUGGAAUUUGAA